AUGGUUGACAAUAAAAAACAGUUAACAACGUUUACAAUAAGAAAUGUUGAAGUUCGCAAUCUCAACUCUUCUAGCUUACGCCUCGAUAAUGCAGUUGCCGGGGUAACCGUUGGCGUCCCGGACGUGGUGGUCUUGAGACAGGAUGUUGAUGAGGUGCUGCUAAGCUUUGAGCUCGUGCUUGACUUUGAUGUCGAUAGUGAAGACGAGGCUGUCGAUACUGAGGAGAGCUUCGAGCUGGAGGAGCUGGAGGAUGAUUUCGUGGAUGAUGAGGAGAGGCCUGAGCUCGUCGAUUUUAGAGAAGAUAGGGAGCUUGAACUCGUCGUCUUUAAAGAACCUGAUGAUGAGGAAGAGAGGGUUGAGCUGGUCGUCUUCAGAGAGGUUGACGAAGAGAAAGAGAGCGUUGAGCUUGUCAAUUUCACAGACGUCGACGAGGUUGAACUAGCGCUAGAUUUGCUCGAGCUUGUCGAUUUCAAAGAAGUCGACGAAGACGACAAGGACAGGGUACUAGAGCUAGUGGCUUUCACAGCCGAUGAAGAGCUGGAACUCGUACUCUUCACACUGGUCGUGCUGCUUUUCAACGUACUCGAAGCACUCACACCCGUCAAGGCCAACGAGCUCGUGCUUUUGGCACUGGAGCUAGUCUUUACACUUGAGGUACUCGUCUUGACCACUGAAGUGCUCGUGGAUACAAUGGAAGUUGACGAAGCUGUGCAGCCUCCGGUAAUACUUGGCACUGCAUUUGCGCCACUUCCAAUCGCAACAAUAUUCGACCCGCAAUUCGCAGCUUGCGCGAUAUGGAUGUUGAAGUUAUCUUGA